AAAUGAGCUGCCAGCUGCCCUACAAUUCCCAGGAGGCAUUGCAGCUCAAGGGGCCGCGGCGUGGCUUCGGGGCGUCGGCGAGGAGUGCGCUUAUGCGCGCAAAGGUCUAGGGGAGCUGUAGUCUGAUUUUCAAUCUCCGCGCUCUGAUCGGGUGUUUUCCUAGCGCCUCCUUGGGGGGAAGUUUGAAGCCCCGCGUCUGGGGGUGGGGCAGUCACCAGAGGCGGAGGGGUUACAUCAGAAUGAAGCUUUGUGGCGCUCCUUGGUAAGGCCCCUUAGCGAGAUCGCAGACAACAGGUUUCGGACCUGGAGAGCUGCAAAAUUCACGGCGACACGUCCCUCCAGCCGACUGGCUCCGCCCCUGCCUCAGUUUCUUCCCCGACAGCUGGCGUGCCGUCUGGGUAGCAAAACUCUUAGGACAGCAACCGCCUCCUGCUUGUUUGCCAGGAUCUCCAGCACCUAGGACAGGGCCUGGCACGAAGUAGGUGCACAAUGAACAGCGAACGCGGGAGGGGGAACGGGUGUGCGAGAGCGGGUGCCCUCCGGAAGACAGACUUCAGCGGCUGAGACAGCGUGGGCUCCCUGUGGAGGGAAGGCCUCGGCGUGCCUCGGCGUGCCCCGGCCGGAGCGCUCGCAGCGACCACAGGGACCAGAUCCCUACGCGGCCCGGCUUCCACCAGCUGCGGCGGCGCCCCGCCCCCUCGCCGCAGCCCCGCCGGAAGUGGAGACGAGAGCUUCCCAUGAUGCCCCGCGGGGCCCCUAUUCAAACUGCGCGGAGAAGAGGGAGGAGGUCGUGAUGGCGGCUCCGGGGCCGGAAGUGCUGUGCCCGGCCGCAGUACCUGAUUUGGAAUGGUAUGAGAAGUCAGAGGAGACCCACGCCCCCCAGAUAGAACUACUCGAGACUACCUCUACUCAAGAACCUCCCAACCCUUCGGAGCCCUUUUACCCCAGAAACUGCAUGGUGCCCGUGGUGUUUCCCGGGCCUGUGAGCCAAGAAGGCUGCUGUCGUUUUACUUGUGAACUUCUAAAGCAUAUCAUGUACCAGCGCCAACAACUGCCUCUGCCCUAUGAACAGCUUAAGCACUUCUACCGAAAACCUUCUCCCCAGGCAGAGGAUGCAAUGAAGAAGAAAGCUCGGGCAGCUGCUGAGGUGAGCAGCAGGAAAUGCCAACAAGCCCUGGCGGAACUGGAGAGUGUCCUCAGCCACCUAGAGGGUCUCUUUGCACGGACAUUAGUACCCCGCGUGCUUAUCCUCCUUGGCGGCAGUGCCUUAAGUCCCAAGGAGUUCUAUGAGCUUGAUUUGUCUCGCUUGGCCCCCAACAGCAUGGACCAGAGCCUGAGCACGGCAGCUUGUUUGCGCCGUCUCUUCCGAGCCAUUUUCAUGGCUGAUGCCUUCAGUGAGCUGCAGGCUCCUCCACUCAUGGGCACCAUUGUCAUGGCACAGGGGCACCGUGACUGUGGAGAAGAUUGGUUUCGACCUAAGCUCAACUACCGAGUGCCCAACCGGGGCCACAAACUGACUGUGACCCUGUCCUGUGGCAGAUCCUCUAUCCCAACCACAGCCUGGGAGGAUUACGUCUGGUUCCAGGCACCAGUAACACUUAAAGGCUUCCAUGAGUGAAUGGGGGUGCUUCUUAAUUGUGAACACAGUGGCUUAAAUUAUCUUUCCCCCAGUGGCACCAAGUCACCCAUCUCUUGCGUGGAGCUACAUUUGCUUCCUGGUGAGAGGAAUGCUCUGUCUUUCUAGCUGCCUGUCUUCCCUCCUUAGACUUACUGGUGGGUGGUGAGCUGAUUAUAUGGCUGUGGCUAUCAUAAUUAUUGAACAACAUCUCUUUGAAUCAAAGGUUGAUUUUCCCAGAAGGUGCUGGGACAGGCAUUUCUGUUCAGAUUGGAAAGCAAAUAUGGACCCGAAGACAGACAUUCUUUAUGGAAGUGGCCAUCUUAAGCUUUUUUGCUGUGGCCUUUCAGAAUUUUUACCAGGACAUAAUGAACUUAAAUAUAAAAAUGAAUGAACUUGUAUUAAAUUAUCUUGAAACUCUUGGCUUAAAGGUUUCCAGGGUUAAGACUAGAGUAUUUUUGUCUUUCUCCUUGACCUCUUAUGCUUCAGGGCUUCUAGAAUUUUUUAUUUAUUUAUUUUUUAAACUGAUGGUUCUUUCUCUUCAUCAGCCCUAGGCCCAUCUGGGAAGUUGAGGGACUUGGCCGAAGUUCUGUAAUACUUUGAUGUCAUAAUUGGGACUACAGUCCUCAUCACUUACUUCCUAGCCUCUCAUCACUUACUUCCUAGCCUGAUCUCCUUCCUUGCCACAUAGGGGUUUUCGUGAUAAUUAAAGUAUGUGUCCCAAAGUCACACAGGGGAUUAGGGGCAGAGACUGGACUGAGAAAACUGAGAGGGUCUUUGCAAAGCCCAUGGGAUCAGUUCCUGAGGUCAGCUGUCCCUCCAGGCAUGCUACCUAGCCUGUCUUCAAAGCAGUUGUCUGGUGGUCACCAGUUCCUAUUGGCAAUACUGUCCUUCACAUCCUACUCUCUUGCCUGUGGCAGUUCCUCCUUGGCUGCACCUCUGACUUGGCCAUCCUUGUCCUUGCUGUUCUCUCCGGCCUGUUGCGGUCCUGACUGCUAAGCAUUGAUGCCCUCUGUCCCUGAGAACACCUGCUUAUUUCUCGGAAACAAGUUGAAGACAGAGUCUUUACCAUGCUAGUGUUGGAGAUAGGUAGGUUGUAUGUGUGUGUGUGUGUAAAUGGGGACGAUAUACAUACUA